AUGCCCGGAAGGCCCAUGACGAGGCGCCUACAUGAGGGGAUCUCCCCUUUCAACCAAAAAGCCAUGUUGGAGGAGUCUACGAAGACCGAGGAGCACACGAAAAGACUCGUGCCGAGAUUUGAAGGCUGGGAGCUUCCACCCGACCGGGUAGAUUCUGCGGCACUCCUUCACCUGGCCGGGAAAACUUUGAUGCCUCCUAUUACUCGAUCCAACAAGAUGGGGGACAUCCACGAGGAGGAGGAAAGGAAGGGAGCGGGCUCAAGUAAUCCCAAACCCGAAGGUGAUCUAGUGAGCUUGAUGGCCCGAAUGAUGAAGGAAUUCAAGCAAGAGGUGAUGACCCAAAUGGAUGUUUGGGCAAGAGAAUCCGAAGCUCGUAUGCUAGCCGCCCAAAACACUCUAUUUGAAGAGUUCAAAGGAAGAGUGGGGGUGAGACCACCCACUCCUAUGGGCAAUGUCGUUCCCAAUGAGGUUCCGGAGGAAGAUGUUGACGAGGAGGUGUAUGAGGGAUGGCAAGGAGGGUAUGUACGGGAUAGGGUUAACAAUUUGGAGAAUGGAAGGUUUGAGGAGGUAAUAUUAGGAGGAGCCCCGACAGAGUUUGAUGAUCCGUCCAAGACCUUGAAACACAACCUACCCGAAUUCCACGGCAAGUUUGACCCCGAGGCCUACUUGGAGUGGAAAUCUCAAGUGGAGAAAAUCUUCCCCCUCCACAACUAUUCCGAGGGUGACAAGGUAAAUAUUGCAUUGGCCGAAUUUAGGGGUAAUGCUAAUACUUGGUGGAAUGAUGUGUUGAGAAAAAGGAGGAUAGCUAGGAUGGGGGAUGUGCGUUCAUGGGAUGAGUUGUGCCGAAUCAUGAAGGAAUCAUUUGUGCCUAGGUCCUAUUAUCUCAAGCUUCAUGGGGAACUUCAAGACCUAAGGCAAGGAUCCAUGAGCGUGAUGGAUUACUACUAUGAACUUCUUGCAUUGGUGAACAAGAUUGGAGUGAAUAAAUCGGAGGAAUCCACUCAAGACCGGUUCAUCCAUGGUCUCAAUACUUCGUUGAAGCAUAAAAUCCAAAUUGAGGCUUUAAGAGAAAUCACAUUGGGGGAAGUACUAAGUUUUGUCGAAACCUAUGAGAGGCAAGGAAAAGAAGUGGCUCUUAGCAAGGCGAGGGUGGCCUCUAACCAAACCGGGAUGGGAGGAAACAAGUGGAGUACCCCUUCCAAGAAGAUGGAGAGUCCGCCUAUUACUCAAGGCAAGACACCAUACAAGGCAUCGCCAAACCCGAGCCCACAAGCUACCAAAAAUCCUUCUUCAACGGAAAGUAGCAAGGUGCAAUAUUUCAAGUAUAAGGGCUAUGGUCACUAUGCAUGUGAGUGCCCUAACCAAAGAGUGAUGGUCAUUGGGCAAGAUGGUAGCGUGCAUAGUGAGGAUGAGGAGGAUGGAGUGGAAGAAGGCAAGGAGGCGAGUGUGAUGCCUCGUAUGUCAUAUUUUAGUGGAGAAGAAGAGGAUGAGGGAUUGAAGGUCUUAGUGAUGCUAAGGAUGCUCAAUGUCCAACCCGAUCUUGAGGAACAUAAAGAACAAAGAUGCAACAUCUUCCAUAUGAAUUGCAAUGUACGAUCUAAAACUUGUUUGGUGAUUAUUGAUGGAGGUAGUUGUGCUAAUGUGCUAGGGGAGUCCGGAGAGCUAAAGGUGAAGGCUCAAUGCUUAGUUCCCUUAAAGAAUGGUGUCUUCGAGGAUGAGGUGAUGUGUGAUAUCAUUCCAAUGACUGCUUGUCAUGUGUUGUUGGGAAGACCUUGGGAGUUUGAUAGGAGGGUGUAUAAGAAUGGUUUCACCAAUGAAUAUUUAUACAUGGUGAAUGGUUUGAAGGUUAGGUUGAUGCCCCUCUUACCUAAGGAUGUGUUUGAGGCACACCAAUAUCUAUAA